GAGACUAACUAAGACUGGCACAAGGAGAGUGUAGAAGAGUGAGGGGGAAAGGUGAAGAGAAGGACAGGAAGACGAGUGAAGAAAAGAGGAGGAGAAUAAAAAGUUAAGAGAUUAAUUAAGACUGGCACAAGGAGAGUGAAGAAGAGCAGACAGAGGAGAUACAAUGACUCUUUCCAAGAAAUGGAAAUGCACUUUUUUUAUGAUAAACAUGAUGAGAGAAUUUCCAUUUCAUACGCUCAGGUCAAGACGAUAGAAUGGUUCACUGCAUCCUCUCUUUCAAUUGGCAGCCGGUGAAGAACGGCAGUGGUAGAACAUCAUCAGAUGAAAAAGCAUAAAGCCUCUCUGAUUGCCCGUGUUGAAUGCAUUUUCCUUGUCACAGAAGAGUUAAGACUUGACCCCAUGGUUGGAUAUCAUGCUGUUGAAUUACUUGAAAGGUUCAUGAUAAAGCACCUGGAGGAUCUGUUUUCAACACCACACACACCUGCAGGGGCAGCAGGUGCCCAUAAAGGAAAUUACGCGGACCUUGUUUAUGAGAAACUGAGUGAGAAGUUCCAUCUCAUUCUCCUGUCUUGUGUGCAAAUAGCAAGCAAACUGUCUUUGCACAGUGCUGUGGUUGACAACAACACAGCAGCGCAGUUUCUUCACUCGAUGGGCCACAGCAUUUCCAAACAAACUAUCAUGGACAUGGAGCUGAUGAUCUUGAAAGCACUUGACUUCAGGCUAAACACCCCCAACCCUCUGACUUAUGUUGAGAUACUCCUGGAGGUGCUUGGGCACAAUGACUCUUCUAUCCCUGUGGAGCACCUGCAUCACCUCAGCAGACACGUGCUCCAGUUCACCUACCUCCAGAGGACAGCCAUCUAUGACUCCCUGCUCAAGGCCACCACUCAGUGCCUGAGCCCAUCUGACGAACAGAGAAAGACUUUCGUGUCGGUGACUGAAGACUGCAUGCUUCUUGGUGUUGGUGUCAUUGCUGUGGGUGCAUACAUCCUCAAUGUCACUAACUGGGAACAGGUAGUGGAGGAGCUGAGUCACAUCACAGGGAUCUCAGUGAAGAGCAUCAGUGAUUUCACACAUGUUACACUGAUGCACAUUACCAAGAACAACUCUCCCAUGGUCACAGCAACUUGAGUCGAGUCCGAACAACACAUUCAUCGAUUGAAAGAUUUUAUUAACGCUAAUUUGUUGGUCUGAAACUUGACAAUGAACUAAGUUUCUUCAGCUACAGGAAGUUAUGAAAGAAAGAAAGCCAUUGAUACUUAGACAGUACAGUACUAUACAGUAAAACAGUACAGUAAAACUACAGUGUCUGUGUAUGUAGAAGUGUGUAUGUAGAAGAUUGAAAGGUUCGCACCAAACAUCUGAUGUAAAAACUAGCUCCCUGAGUUUGACUUUCUAGUUGAUUUCCUUAAGAAUUUAACUUCUAUUUUCUGCAUGUUUAUUUCUGUUUACUGUUCCAACAAUUAGCAGCAUUAAAGAGCCUUCUUCCAUCUAUCAAGUCAUAUCUGUUAAAUGCCAUAGUGUGCAAUAUAAAAGCAAAGCUGAUGUUAAAAUCCUAAUAAUAGAAAUGUAAUAAAUAGUGUAAUAAGUCAUUCAUUUAACUUAAAUAGAUAAGAAUACAUGUAUUUAUUAUACCCACCACCUCUCUGUCAAGUUUAUUUCUCCUCUGUCCAGAUGGUACCAUUGAAUAAGAUGCACUGCAUCGUGUGUUAAAAUCAUUUCAUGAAAUAAGUUAGAAUAAAUUCAUCAUAAACGUCACUUCACCCAGGAUUUAAAAACAGGAAGUAAGAAGGGUGAAGGUGUCAGGUAGGUGGGUGGGUCAGGUGUCCCUGGCGUGUGAUUGCCUCUCUGGCUCCCUCUGCUGGCUUUCACCCUCAGUGUGCGUGGAAGAAGAGAAACCCAUCAAACCUGAGGGAGAAUCAAGACAACAUCCAGUCAACUGCUGUUAUUCAACUGUAGAUAGCUAUUCAGAGAGUGUGACACAUUUCACUGCACCUAUCCGGUGUAUGUGACAAUAAAACAUCUUAAUUUGUUGAUAUAUUUUUAAAUAAAAGGCCAGUAAACACAA